UAUAUAAAGCCAACUUUGGUAUGGACUUCAUCACAUUAGGUCUGUUCCAGUUACAGUCAAGUGCAAUAAUAUCAAAAUGAAGUUCUUGGUUUGCGUACUUGCGAUUGUCGCCGUAGUUUGUGCUGAAGAGGAGAAGAAGACUGAGAAGAGAGGUCUUUUGGGAUUGGGAUACGGACAUGCUGCACUUGCCGCACCAGCCCUGUCAUACGGACACGGUUUGGGAUAUGGACACGGUUUGGGUUACGGACAUAGUUUGGGAUAUGGAUAUGGUUUAGGACAUGGUAUCGGACAUGGAUUGGGAUACGGACAUGGAUUGGGAUACGGACAUGGAUUGGGAUACGGACAUGGAUUGGGAUACGGGCAUGGAAUUGGAUACUCUGCACCAAUUGUGCAUGCCGCUGCACCAGUUGUACACGCUGCACCAGUUGUUCACGCUGCACCAGUUGUACAUGCCGCCCCUGCCGUUGUCAAAACCGCAGUAGCAGCUCCAGUCAUUUCGAAAACCAUUGUAGCCGCCGCUGCACCCGCCAUCGCCGUUGGACACGGUUAUGGAUACGAUCACGGAUUCUAUGGCGGUCUUGGACAUCAUGGAUUAGGUUAUGGAUUGGGAUAUCAUGGUUUGGGAUAUUCUGGAUUAGGAUACUCUCAUUUAGGAUACUCCAAAUACCUCCAUUAAAAUUAUUUACGCCUAAAAUACCUCCACGUUUUGUAAAUAGUUUAUUAUUUUGACAUCGUUUUUUUAAAUAAAUUAUGAUUUUCCAUUAA